AUGUGCGUCACCGAGGAAACGGAGGCCCUAGAAACCUCUGGAGAACUGAGGAACACAGGCACACUUGCCAGGGGAACCGAUUUCUUAGAGGGGCGCAGGGCCCUCUCUGACUCUCAGUCUGCUGUCCCCACCCCGCCCGCAGACUGCCAUAAGUCCUGCCAGACCUGCUCGUCCCCAGGGACCUGCACCACCUGCCGGGAAGGCCUCAGGCUGAACAACCACGGGGGCUGUGUGCCUCACACCGAAUGUGCCGCCGUCGAGUAUUGGGAUGGGGAGGCCCUGGCCUGCAAGUCCUGCCACGCCAAGUGCUUCCGCUGCACGGGGCCCUCAGAGGACCAGUGUCACACCUGCCUGCGGGACAGCCUUCUUCUCAACAAGACCUGCGUGCAAGACUGCCCCGAGAGCUACUAUGCCGAUGAGGACAGCCACCGGUGUGCCCCCUGCCACAGCUCCUGCAGGACCUGUGAAGGUGGACACAGCAUGCAGUGCCUCUCCUGCCAGCCGGGCUGGUUUCAACUGGGAAAGGAGUGCCUGCCCCAGUGCAGGGAAGGAUAUUACGCAGAAAACUCCACAGGGCGGUGUGAGAGGUGCAGCAGGAGCUGCAAGGCGUGCCGGGGCCCGCAGCCCACAGACUGCCUGUCCUGCGAUCCCUUCUUCUAUCUGCUCCGCUCCAAGGGACAGUGUCAUCGCACCUGCCCAGAGCAUCAUUACGAGGAGCAAAGCACACAGACCUGUGAGAGAUGCCACCCGACAUGCGAUAAAUGCAAAGGAAAAGGAGCAUUGAAUUGCUUAUCCUGUGUGUGGAGUUACCACCUGGUGGGAGGAAUCUGCACCUCAGACUGUCUUGUCGGGGAGUACAGAGUGGGAGAGGGGGAGACAUUUAACUGUGAAAAAUGCCAUGAGAGCUGCAUAGAAUGCAAGGGCCCCGGCACCAAGAACUGCACCGUGUGCCCCGCCAACCUGCUGCUGCACGUGGAUGACAGUCGUUGCCUGCGCUGCUGCAAUGCCUCGGAUCCCACCGGUGCCCAGGAGUGCUGUGACUGCCGGGACGCCACAGAUGAGUGUAUCCUUCGAGCGAGUAAGAUUGAGCCUGCACGUGAACAUACCAAGACAGCCCUGUUCAUCACCUCCUCCAUUAUGCUGGUGCUUCUGCUCGGGGCAGCUGUGAUCGUCUGGAGGAAAUCUCGGGGCAGAGUUAGGCCAACAGAAAAGGUCGGCUAUGAAAAGUUGGCUGACCCGAGCAAGACUUAUUCUUCCUAUAAGAGCAGCCAUCACCAGAGCACCAGCUUUGAAGAGGAUCAGGUGAUCGAGUACAGGGACCGGGACUAUGAUGAGGACGAUGACGAUGACAUCGUCUACAUGGGCCAAGAUGGCACAGUCUACCGGAAAUUCAAGUAUGGACUGCUGGAGGAUGACGACGAAGAUGAGCUGGAAUAUGAUGAUGAGAGCUACUCCUACCAGUAACCAGAAGCCCUACCCCCACCCCCCACCCCACUCCACUCGCAGGCAUGUGUGUGAGCUUGGGGCUUUAUCCCUACACACCAGGCUGAUGUGUGGGUGUUUGUAUUUGUCUUCUUAACCCUGAGUCCAGCUAGAGUAUGUAAGAAUCAUGAAAUGUUCUGUUCUUCUUUUGGAUGGCUAAACUCAAUUAACCAUAAUUGUUUACCCAUAAUUGAGGAACACGGAUAAAAUUCAGAAGGAUUUUCCUUAACACCAUAUAUCAAGAAACAGAACACGGAAAGUUAAAAAAGUGAGAUUUGUGCAAACUGUUCUAUGUGAUUUAAAUAAAAGGAAAUGGACCUAGA